GAAGAGAGCUAGUCAAGCAUACACACACAUUGCAUUGCAGGCACAGCUCCAUACGCGCGCCGAGCUAAUGACGAGGCCUCCGCACGCGGUGGUGGUGCCGCACCCGAGCUCCGGUAACAUCAACCCGGCGCUGCAGCUGGCCAAGCUGCUGCACCACCACGGCGUCUACAUCACCUUCGUCAACACGGAGCACAACCACCGUGUCAUGGAGACGACUGAGGGCGCCGCCGCGCUGCUCGGCUGCCAGGGGUUCCGGUACGAAGCCAUCCCGGACGGGCUCGUGGAGGCCGACCGGCACGCCGUGGACUACGACCUCAGGCUGUCUGCCGCCACCAGCCAGCGGUGGGCGGAGCCGUUCAAGGGCCUCCUCCUACGGCUCGACAGCACACCGGGCGUGCCGCCGGUGACGUGCGUGCUGCCGACGUCGCUGAUGAGCUUCGCGCUGGACGUGGCGCGGGAGCUGGGUCUGCCGAGCAUGGUGCUCUGGGCUUGUAGCGCCGCGUCGCUCACGGCCCACAUGCGGCUCCGGGAGCUCAAGGAAAGAGGCUAUGUGCCACUCAAAGAUGAGCGCUGCUUGACGAACGGGCACCUGAGUAGGACGCUCAUCGGCUGGAUCCCGGGCAUGCCGCCGAUCAGCCUCGGAGACGUGUGCAGCUUCGUCAGGACGACCGACCCGGACGACUUUGGCCUCCGUUUCAGCAUGGUGGAGGCCAACGGCUGCACCAAGGCCGGCGCGCUCAUCCUCAACACCUUCGAUGACCUAGAAGCAGAAGUCCUCACCGCCCUCCGCGCCGAGUACCCGCGCAUCUACACCGUCGGUCCCCUAGGCUCCCUCCUCAAACAUCACCUCCCGACCAAGGACGACGACGCCUCCGGCACUGCCAGCGGCCUGAGCCUGUGGAAGCAGGACAACGAGUGUCUCGCGUGGCUGGACACGCAGCAACCGGGAUCCGUCGUGUACGCCAACUUCGGCAGCCUUACGGUCCUCUCCAUCGACCAGCUCGCCGAGUUCGCGUGGGGCCUCGCCGCCAGCGGCCGCCCCUUCCUCUGGUCCAUCAGGGACAACCUCGUCCCCGGUGUCGGCGCUGGCUUGAGCUCGCUACCGGCGGAGUUCGUCGCGGCGACGGCGGGGCGGUGCUGCCUGACCACGUGGUGCCCGCAGGAUCAGGUGCUAGGCCACCCGGCCGUAGGGUGCUUCCUGACGCAUAACGGAUGGAACUCCACCUGCGAGAGCCUGGCCGCCGGCGUGCCGAUGGUGUGCUGGCCGGGGUUCGCCGACCAGUACACCAACUGCAAGUACGCCUGCGAGGUGUGGGGCGUUGGCCUCCGGCUUGACGACGAGGUGAGGAGGGAGCAGGUGGCUAGCCACGUCAGGCAUGUGAUGAAGGCGGAGGAGAUGCGGGAGAGCGUGGCUGGAUGGAAGGUCAAGGCGGAGGUCGCCACGGCGCCCGGCGGGGUGUCGUGGGAGAACCUGCGGAGCAUGGUGAGAGAGCUCGGCCCUGUCAAUGCUGAAGCGUGAAGAGUUUGACUGUUCGAUCAGGAUCUUUUAUCAAGGUCAGCCCGGGUCAGUUUGCGACUGCAUGAGUGAUGAUGUCAAUAAAGUACCUGUAAGACGCUGCUCGUUAUUUACUUGUUACUCCCAACUAAGCCGCUUUGGCCAUAUGCUAUUGGAUGGA